CUGUGAGGAGCAGCAGCAGGAUAAUACUGCACCACCUCUAGGGGCCCUUAACAACAACAACAACAGUUUGGUGUGGUCAUGGGUACCAACACAUGGUGUGUGAUUCUCUUAUACUUUAUCCAUUUAUCUGCGAUGCAGAUUACAUGGUUUCAGUGAGAGCAAUGAAAGUCGCUGCCAACUUGUCGUUCAUGUUCGUGGAGGCCGGUGGACUGGUGGGUCGCUAUAGGGCUGCCAGGGAGGCAGGAUUCUUAGCUGUUGAAUGUGCUUUCCCUUAUACUGUGCCUCAGGAGGACAUAGCAGCUGUACUCAAAGAACAAGGCCUUAAACAAGUUCUCAUCAACUCCGAUCCUGGUGAUACUCAAGCUGGAGAAUUGGGGUUUGCUGCUGCUCCAGGAAAAGAGACACGCUUCAGGGAUAGUCUCGAAAAAUCAAUAUCAUAUGCAAAGGCUCUUGGCUGUAGCAAGCUUCACAUAAUGUCAGGUCGACGAUGCGAAACCUAUGAUGAGAGUGCUCACAUUGCGACUCUCGAGGCCAACUUGAGGUAUGCUGUGAGUCGUCUUGCUCAGGAAAGCAUCACUGGCCUUAUUGAACCCAUCAACCCAAUAUCCAUCCCAGGCUACUUCCUCAACAACUAUGAUACCGCUGUCUCUCUCAUAGAGAAAAUCAACUCUCCCAACCUCCGACUUCAGCUAGACAUCUUCCACCUCCAGAUGAUUUGUGGCAACGUAGCUAACAACAUUACGAAACUUAUGCCACUUACAGGUCACGUGCAGGUUGCUCAAGCUCCUCACCGACACGAACCUUCGUGUCCUGGAGAGUUGGACUAUGUAUUCAUUUUCAACAAAUUACGGGAAGCUGGAUACAGUGAUUAUGUUGGUGCUGAAUAUUCACCUUCGACUAGCUCCAGUGGUUCCCUCCAGUGGAUACAUCAAUGUGGUCUUCAGUUCUAAAAUCAACAACAACAACAACAAAGGACUUUGGAAGAAUCUGUGUGAUCACAAUGCAACAACAUUGUCUGGGUGACUAUGAAGAAACCUUCAAUCAAAUUUACCAACUUAACAACUUCCUGGAGUGAUGAAUGUGCAAUUUACCUUGAAACCUUCAAUGAAUUAUUUAGGAUGCCUCGGUGGGAGACGGCCGACUUGUUGAAAAAAAAAAAAAAUAAAUAAAUAAGAAAUUCAAGUCAAUGCUUCUGCUACAGUGUGCAGUGGCAAGAUUACAUACCUCAUAAAAUACAGAAAACCACACAUCAAACAUUGGAUUAAUCCCACACAAUUUGCAUUUCAAGUGUCCCCUGCCUGAUCAACAGAACUUUGGGAUCCAGAAAUCUGUAGGUUCCUUACAUCUGUUAUUUUUCGAUAGCCAGGACACAUUUUAAAUAUUUUUUUUUUUUUAAAGCAAGAGCCAUCUUCCACUGAGGCAGGGUGACCCAAAAAAGAAGUCCUUCUUUUUACAUUUAGUAAUUUAUACAGGUGUUACUAAAACCUUGCUCCUGGCUCUAUAGUGUCCUUUUACAACAUGCCUGGCUGACAAGAAUAAUUCUCCACUUCCACAUAAUGACUAUGACAUCUGUACAUAAAAAACCUAAAAAUGCCCAGUCGUAGGAAUGUAAGGGAACUUCUAGUCACACAGUUGGAUCAUGAUCAGUGACACUAAAAGCACAGCAGCUAACCUAUUAUUAUAUUAACAAAUGUGCUAAAACUUUUCUGUUUGGGUCAUACAAUGCUUUUACCUUACUAGACACUAGUUGCCCAUCAUUAUUAUCUUGUAAUAUGUCUGCUUUCAAAGAUAUUUAUAUAAAUGCUCAGCCAAUGUAAUGCUCAAGUUAUAAAUAUUUUGGAAAAUGUCAUUUACCACUGUAAUUCAGUUAUAAAUCAGAAGAAUGA